AUGAUCUGGAUCAUCCUGGCCCUGCCCAUGUGGGCGUGGCGUGGGACUGUUGGCGACGCCCAGUCUAACGAGCGGCGCGUCGUGGCACACAUCCCUGGUGACAUCAUCAUAGGAGCCCUGUUCUCUGUCCAUCACCAGCCGACAGCGGACAAGGUACACGAACGUAAAUGCGGCUCGGUGCGCGAGCAGUACGGUAUUCAGCGUGUUGAGGCCAUGCUGCACACUCUAGACCGUAUCAACGCUGACCCCCGUAUCCUCCCCAACAUCAGCCUGGGCUGUGAGAUAAGAGACUCCUGCUGGCACUCUGCUGUGGCCCUGGAGCAGAGCAUUGAGUUCAUACGAGACUCCCUGGUGUCCUCCGACGAGGCCGAGGUGGGGGGAGGCAGUGUGUGGGGGGGAGGCGGGGGAGGAGCUGACGGGAGGGGAGGGCCGAGGUGUGCGGACCAUGCUGCAACCCCCAUGCGGGGGAAGAAGCCCAUUGUCGGGCUGAUAGGACCAGGCUCCAGCUCUGUGGCCAUCCAGGUCCAGAACCUCCUACAGCUCUUCAACAUACCCCAGAUCGCCUACUCUGCUACCAGCAUGGACCUCAGUGACAAGAGUUUGUAUAAGUACUUUAUGAGGGUGGUGCCAUCAGAUGCUCAGCAGGCCAGAGCCAUGGUGGACAUUGUCAAGAGAUACAACUGGAGCUACGUCUCUGCCAUCCACACAGAGGGUAACUACGGGGAGAGUGGGAUGGAGGCCUUCAAGGAUAUGGCUGCCAAGGAGGGCAUCUGCAUCGCCCACUCUGGUAAGAUCUGGAGCAACGCGGGGGAGAAGAGUUUUGAUAGGCUGCUGGAGCGUCUCAGAACCCACCUGCCCAAGGCCAGGGUGGUAGCCUGCUUCUGUGAGGGCAUGACAGUCAGGAACAUCCUCAUGGCCAUGAGACGGCAGGGCCUGGUGGGGGAGCUCCUACUGGUCGGCAGUGAUGGCUGGGCGGACCGGUACGAUGUGACAGAUGGGUACGUGCGCGAGGCGGCGGGCGGAAUCACCAUCAAGCUGCAGUCAGCUGAUGUGAAGUGGUUUGAUGAGUACUACCUGAAGCUGCGGCCGGACAACAACCUGAGAAACCCCUGGUUCCCUGAGUUCUGGCAACAUCGCUUCCACUGUAAGCUGAAGGGACACCCACAGGAGAGCCUCAAGUACAACCGCACCUGCAGCAAGCGGGAGUCAUUGCGACAGCAGUAUGCCCAGGACACUAAGAUGGGCUUUGUGAUCAAUGCCAUCUACUCCAUGGCCUAUGGGCUCCAUAACAUGCAGCGCUCACUCUGCCCAGGGUACCAGGGGCUGUGUGAUGCCAUGCGACCUAUAGAUGGUGCCACACUGCUGGACUUCCUGAUGAAGACCAACUUCACAGGCGUGUCUGGAGAGGGCAUCCUGUUUGACAAGAACGGAGACUCGCCUGGCCGAUAUGAGAUCAUGAACUUUAAGAAGAUGGGACAGGACUACUAUGACUAUAUUAACGUAGGGAGCUGGGACAACAGUGGGCUGAAGAUCGAUGACGAUGAAAUCUGGGCCAGCAAGGACACCAUUAUCAAAUCAGUCUGCAGCGAACCCUGUGACAAGGGACAGAUAAAGGUGAUCCGUAAAGGAGAGGUGAGCUGCUGCUGGACCUGCACUCCCUGUAAGGAGAAUGAGUUUGUGUUUGAUGAGUACACCUGCCGAGCCUGUGACCUGGGCUCCUGGCCCACCUUCCACCUCACAGGCUGUGACCCUAUCCCAGUGGAGUACCUGCGUUGGGGGGACCCAGAGCCCAUUGCUGCUGUGGCAUUUGCUUGUUUGGGACUCUGUGCCACAUUCUUCGUCACCUCCGUCUUCAUCAGGUUCCGGGACACUCCGGUGGUGAAGUCGUCCAGCAGAGAGCUUUGUUACAUCAUCCUGGCUGGGAUCUGUCUGGGUUAUCUGUGUACCUUCAGUCUCAUCGCCAAGCCCCACGCUGCACACUGCUACCUACAGAGACUGGGCAUAGGCCUGUCCCCUGCCAUGAGCUACUCUGCCCUGGUCACCAAGACUAAUCGUAUAGCCCGUAUCCUGGCUGGCAGUAAGAAGAAGAUCUGUACUAGGAAGCCCAGGUUCAUGUCUGCAUGCGCCCAGCUCAUCAUCGCCUCUCUACUCAUCCUGCUGCAGCUGGGCAUCAUAGUGGCUCUCUUCCUCAUGGAGCCCCCACAGGUGAUCCACGACUAUCCCAGCAUCCGGCAGGUCAAUCGCAUCUGUUACACCACCAACCUGGGCGUGGUGGCGCCGCUGGGCUACAACGGCCUGCUGAUCCUGAGCUGCACCUUCUACGCCUUCAAGACGCGUAACGUCCCGGCCAACUUCAACGAGGCCAAGUACAUCGCCUUCACCAUGUACACCACCUGUAUCAUUUGGCUGGCCUUCGUGCCCAUCUACUUCGGUUCCAACUACAAGAUCAUCACCAUGUGCUUCAGCGUCAGCCUCAGUGCCACUGUGGCGCUCUGCUGCCUGUUCGUACCCAAGGUGUAUAUCAUCCUGGCCAAACCAGAGCGUAACGUACGCAGUGCUUUCACUACGAGCACGGUAGUACGCAUGCACGUGGGUGAUGGGAAGUCCUCCUCGGCCGCCAGCCGCUCCUCCAGCCUGGUCAAUCUCUGGAGGCGACGCUGCUCCGCUGGAGAGACACUCAGUUCCAAUGGGAAGUCAGUAUCCUGGGCCCAGACGGAGCGGGGUUCCCGUGGAAACCACCUGUGGCAGCGCCUGUCGUUCCACAUCAAGAGGAAGGAGAACAAUCAGACAGCUGUCAUUAAGCCCUUCUCCAAGACCCCCGAGGGGCGCUACAGUGGGGGCGCUGACCUUCACCCCCACAUGCCGUCCCUCCCCCACUCCCACCCUGAUGCAGACAAGACCCUGUACGAGCUCACAGAGGCAGAGGAGAGAUACACCGAGGAGAGAUACCCAAUUACCUACCGGCCCCAGACCCCUUCACCAAUCAGUACUGUCAGCCAGCACCUGCAUAGGGCGGGACUAAGGGAGGAGCCGCUUGUGAUGGGUGUACCGACCUCCCUGACCGGGGGUUCUGUAGGCGGGGGCGAUGUGUUUGACAGUUCUCUGAUGGAUCAGAUCAGCUGCGUGGUCAAUCGUUUCACUGCCAACAUCAGCGAACUCAACAGCAUGAUGCUCUCCCCGUCUCCCACACACUCACACACAUACUCUCACACACACACCCUGACGCCCUCCCACCCUGCAGACCCCUUCCUCCUCCCCCGGGAGAUCCCCCUCCCCCUCACCAUGACCACAUACGCUGACGUCCAGCCCCUUCCCCCUGCCGAGUCCUACGUAGGUGGACACGCCGGCCUCACUCACCCCCUGCCUCACCCUCGCCUCCUAACUCACCCUCAGGCCUCCCGCUCUCCGGUGCGACACCUCACUGUGGGAGUGGAGUCCCCUCUAAGGAGGGCAGAGCUGGAGGAGGAGCUAAUGAAUUUGACCCCGCCCUCACCCUUCCGUGAUUCGCUGGGGUCAGGAAGUGGCUCCCCGGUCUCAGAGUCCACCCUGUGUCUGCCCCCGCCCUCAUCCCCUCCGCCCAAAUAUGAAAUGCUGACCCUGAGAAACUACAGCCAGAGCUCUUCCUCACUGUGAGAGAGAGAUGAGAGGCGACGAGGAGAAGAGGAGGAGAGUGGAAGGACAGAGAAGGAGAGGGACCCUGGAAAAAACAGUCUCUUGGGGGAGAUAAUGGUGAUGGCUACCUUGUGAUAGUGGGAGGAGUGGAUGAGAGUAAGAGACGAGGAGAGGAGGAGAGGAUGAGAGGAGGAGAGGAGGAGAGGAAGAGAGGACGAGAGGACGAGACGAUGAGAGGAAGAGAGGACGAGAAGAGGAGAGGAGGAGAGGACCAGAGGAGAUUGACCAGUCCCUUAGAGAGAUGAAAGCCUUGUACUUGCUAGGAGGGACAGGAACAGGACACAUCAUCGUGUGAUGUCAUUGGACGGUGACCUGCAGUGUUUGUGUUUACAUGUGUUCAGUGAGCAGCGAGGUAUAACGUGAUGAUUGUAUUUUUUUGUUGUUGAUAUUCCGGGGUGAGAACAAGGACUACAAAAAUACUUCUAGUGUUUUGGUGUUCAAACGUAUGGCCAGAAGUCUCUCCAUAGAGGUGUGUUUGGUCAUUGUUUUGGUAGUGGCCUUAAACUAAAAUGGCUGUCAACUAAUUAGAGAUGUUUAUUGUGGGCAGCAUGGAGGUAGGGACACAUGUGGACCUACUGAGUGUUAAAGACACUAACCUCACAGGACUAACCAGCUGCUGCCAUGGACACACAUGGAGUAACCAUAAGGGCUGGGCAGAGCAACUAUGGCCACUGGCACACCAACACACACACGCACGCACAACUGCACACCUCCACACACACACACACAUAAACACUUGCAUAUUGGCUGUUGUAGGGGAAAGUGUAAAUACAAAAAUAUCUUGGAUGGUAUCUUAAUAGCAGAUGAUUCUGUUUAUACAUACCAUGCAUAUGAAAACCUCCAGUGGGGUUCGGACUUCUCUCUCGCUGUAUGAUCUGAUCUGAGUGCAGUGUGUGUUUAAUCUUUCUAUUGAUUUAACAGAGACCUUGCUGUUCACAUUCACACAGACUAACUAUCGCCUCAGGGUCUGGAGCAGUAUUCUCUCUCUCUCUAUCUCUCUCGCUCUCUGUCUCUCUCUCGCUCUCUCCCUCUGUCUCCCUGUCUCUCUCUCUCUAUCUCCCUGUCUCUCUCUCUGUCAAUCUCUCUCUGUCUCUCUCUCUGUCAAUCUCUCUCUCUCCAUGUCUCUCUCUCUGUCAAUCUCUCUCUGUCUCUCUCUGUCAAUCUCUCUCUGUCUCUGUCUCCCUGUCUCUCUCUCUGUCUCCCUGUCUCUCUCUCUGUCAAUCUCUCUCUGUCUCUCUCUCCCUGUCUCUCUCUCUGUCAAUCUCUCUCUCUCUCUCUCUCCAUGUCUCUCUCUCUGUCAAUCUCUCUCUGUCUCUCUCUGUCAAUCUCUCUCUGUCUCUCUCUGUCUCUCUCUGUCUCCCUGUCUCUCUCUCUGUCUCCCUGUCUCUCUCUCUGUCAAUCUCUCUCUGUCUCUCUCUCUCUCUCUCUGUCUCUCUCUCUCUCUCUGUCUCUCUCUUUCUGUCAUCGGUUAUUUUCAGCUUUUUGAGGUCUUUUGUACUAUUGUUUACUUCAGAAGAUUGAAUGUAAAAUAUUUUCUAAAUGAUUACUGAAGCGUUGGGACCAAACUUUCCACACCUGAUUUAGCCCUGAUUUAGCCCUGAUUUAGCCCUGAUUUAGCCCUAGAGCUAGGAGGGCCAGAAGGAGAAUAUUUAUCAGAUCCCCAGGAAUUUAACAGAAACGGAUCCACUGCUGGCAUAAGAAUGUGUGUGACUUUGUAGCAGGUUGGUAUUUAUUGUCAUUAGUCUUGUUCUGGAGGCAGCUCUGCAGAGUGGUCACUAGCUGGCACAGCCACAAGCAGGUUGACCUUUUUUGUCAUUAGUCUUGUUCUGGAGGCAGCUCUGCAGAGUGGUCACUAGCUGGCACAGCCACAAGCAGGUUGACCUUUUUUGUCAUUAGUCUUGUUCUGGAGGCAGCUCUGCAGAGUGGUCACUAGCUGGCACAGCCACAAGCAGGUUGACCUUUUUUGUCAUUAGUCUUGUUCUGGAGGCAGCUCUGCAGAGUGGUCACUAGCUGGCACAGCCACAAGCAGGUUGACCUUUUUUGUCAUUAGUCUUGUUCUGGAGGCAGCUCUGCAGAGUGGUCACUAGCUGGCACAGCCACAGGCAGCCACAGGCAGGUUGAACGUUAUUGUCAUUGUUCUGGAGGCAGACCUUAGGUAUGCUAGCUGCAAAGUCGGGUUUCAAAUCCAGAACAAGAUUCAUGACCAAAACCACUAACCUGCCAGCCACAAAGUCAUGAAAUCUGAUUUCAAACCUAACCAUAACCUUAACCCUAACCCUAACCUUUACCACACUGCUAACCCUAAUACAGAACCCUAACAUUAAAUCAUGACCAAACCGUUUUAAUUUUUUUUGACAGGGCCUUCUUGCAGAAAUUGCUCAGUUCUGCCUCCAAGGCAUGAUACAUGACAAUAAAUGUCAGUCUGUGACUUACCCAGAGACCAGUAGAGAGAACAGGUUCUCUCAGACAUAGUGGCUCUGUACAUAACAAGGGAAUGCAAUGACAGAUCCUAAAUGACCCAUUUACAUAUCAAAUAGGUAGAAAAGGAAAACACUGAUUUACAAAAGGAAAUGUUUUUUAAAUUAUGAUUAUGUUAUAACAUAUACAGUACUAAUAUGUGGGAGAAAAAAAGUGUUACAUUGAAUGUGAGAGUAUGUAUGUUACUAUCCAAAUGUCUAGUAAUUAUAUUACAAAAAAAAAAAUUAUACGUUAUAAAUAUAAAAUACA